AUGGCACCGGCCGAAUCAGAACUGGGAAGAGAGCAAUUCUUAGGGUGCUGCUCUGUGGUGUCAGACAGCGAGGCUGUAAGCCAUUGCCUGAGCCUGGAGGUGUUCAUCAGCCAAAUUACAGUGCAUUAUCACCUGGAGGUGUUGUCAGACAGAUUACAGUGCAUUAUCACCUGGAGGGGUUCAUCAGCCAAAUUACAGUGCAUUAUCACCUGGAGGUGUUGUCAGACAGAUUACAGUGCAUUAUCAUCUGGGGGGGGGAGGGGUCCAUCAGACAGAUUACAGUGCAUUAUCACCUGGAGGGGUUCAUCAGCCAAAUUACAGUGCAUUAUCACCUGGAGGUGUUGUCAGACAGAUUACAGUGCAUUAUCAUCUGGGGGGGGGGGGGUCCAUCAGACAGAUUACAGUGCAUUAUCACCUAGAGGUGUUCAUCAGCCAAAUUACAGUGCAUUAUCACCUGGAGGUGUUGUCAGACAGAUUACAGUGCAUUAUCACCUAGAGGUGUUCAUCAACCAUAUUACAGUGCAUUAUCACCUGGAGGGGUUCAUCAGACAGAUUACAGUGCAUUAUCACCUAGAGGUGUUCAUCAACCAUAUUACAGUGCAUUAUCACCUGGAGGGGUUCAUCAGACAGAUUACAGUGAAUUAUCACCUGGAGGUGUUCAUUAACCAGAUUACAGUGCAUUAUCACCUGUAUAGGUUCAUCAACCAGAUCACGGUGCAUUAUCACCUGGAGGUGUUCAUUAACCAGAUUACAGUGCAUUAUCACCUGGAGGGGUUCAUCAGACAGAUUACAGUGUAUUAUCACCUGAAGGUUUUCAUCAGACAGAUUACAGAGCAUUAUCACCUGGAGGUGUUCAUCAAACAGAUUACAGUGCAUUAUCACCUGGAGGUGUUGUCAGACAGAUUACAGUGCAUUAUCAUCUGGAGGGGUCCAUCACACAGAUUACAGUGCAUUAUCACCUAGAGGUGUUCAUUAACCAGAUUACAGUGCAUUACCACAUGGAGGUGUUCAUCAGCCAGAUUACAGUGCAUUAUCACCUGGAGGUGACUAAUUGGUGUCUAAGAUAAUGUGUUCUUCAAUAGUACACUAGACUGUAGUUUAGACUGAGCAUUAAAUAAUUGAGAUGAGUUUUUAUUUCAUAUUUAUUUUAUUUAUGGUUCUAUUUAUUUAUUUAUUUAUUUAUUUAUUUAUUUAUAGGACGGAAGUUAUUGGUCGCUUAAAGAUGAAAACCACUUGUUUUGUAGCGUUUUUCAAUGUUUCAUUUAGUUAUUGCUGAAUUAAUUCUAUUUGUAUAAUCCUAUCAGCCUAUUCUGGAACUGAUAAAACAAAGAAACUUGGCCCAUACAGUUUCAAGCUGCUGAGUUUAUCUGAUGUGUAUCUUGCCCUGAACAUACUUAUAUACUUUAUUUAUUCAGACCUUCCGUUGAUUGCCAGGCAAAUGAGGGUCAAAUUUAUUUAUGGGAGGAAGUUAUUCAAUGCACAUUAAUUUUUUUAUGGUUCACAUGUAUUUUCCGUAAUUUAUUCAGGCUUUUUAUAUGUGAUGGAAUGCAGUCGUGUUUUUUUUUAUAUAUAUCUCGAUAUUUAUUUUUGAAAAAAAGUCGUGUUUCAAAGAACCGUCACAAACUGCAGACUGAACGAAGACUUGCAGCACGUGAGAGUGAUUUUACAGCUUUUUCAGGGUUUUGUGAAAAUGCAUUAAGAGUCAUAUCGGUGGGGGUGAUGGCAAUCGAUGUCAAGUGGCGAUCUGUUGUUGAAAGUACGUAUUAGACUGUUCUUUUUCGAAGCUUUUAAACACGAACUUACCUGGUCCUCAUACCGGGCAAGUGAUCCUGAAUGUUCUCAAACAGUAUACUUUGCCCAGAGCGUGUAAUUUCUUCAUAUAUGGCAAAUUUCAACUAAACCAAGUUGAUGAGGAAAAAAGUGCACUCCCUAUGCAUUGUAUAUAGGAGGAUUGCUACCUUAUGUGUAAGAUAUUGACUAACGGUCUGUCCAGUAAUUCAUUCUGAGGUUAAAAAGAUAAAAUAUUUCAUGGCACAAUACAGCGAUGCUUUCAAAGUGGACUACGUUAUAUGCUUUUUUAGAUAUGAGGUAUACAAUGAAGGAAAUAUUAAUAACUUUUUUGUUGUGUAAAUACACAUCUGUGAAAAUGGAGAGGGGGAUUUUAAUAUCCCUUCCACGUCACGCGCACUACAGAAUUAAUGUGAAAGUUUCUUUUUUCCCUGUGUCAAUAACGUCUGCCCAGUGAUAGUGACUCCAUAGACCUGCUUUGCGACUCUAAUGCAAUAACCCUGAAAAUUGUGAACUUACGCCAGCGAUUAUGCUUAAUUAAAACCAUAAGAUACUGUCUAGGUCCAAGGAACCGCUGGUAGAUACUUUGUUUUGGAAGAAAGUGCUACACUGCAUACAAACUCUCUGAAAAAUUAAGUGCAUAAUUCAAUUAGAUACAUAUUUUGUCACUUACUGUACGAAUAGGCUGAAGCAACCUACCAAGAUGGUAAAAACUGGGAUGAAUAUGAAUUUAAACUAAUUACUGGUGCAUUUGAAGUGUGUCAAAUCGGCUUUAACGUUACUCAGCUCAUGUUUAUAACAUGCCCGUCAGAUCCCCUUUAAUAGUCUUCCUCUUCAAUUUUGUGAACUUGUACAAUUUCCAAAAUAAAAGCUAUUUCAACAUCA